AUGUCAAUAAUUACACUAGAACGCUUUGAAUAUCUGAUUCGGACUUCGAAUCUAGAUGUUUGCUAUGCAGCAAUGCAUGAGCUAGCAAACAACAUUAAUAGUCCAGGAGUGUUUGUCACAGUUGAUACUGCUACUGUACUCAUUAACAUUCUACUGAAUCAUCUGGAUGCUAACAUAGAUGCAAUUUCUCGUUUAGCAAUUGAAUGUUUAAUAGGCUUAUCCAGCAAAGUCACCGAAGAUGGCAUGAUGUCAAUCAUUGCAUAUUUACACACCAUUAUUUAUUCUUAUAAACCACAUUUAAGAACCAAUGCGAUCACUACGCUACGAUUAAUUUUGGACAAACUUCCAUAUUAUGAGAGACAAACUCAUUCUUAUUAUAAUUCUGAUGUCAUUGCUCAAAAAGUAAUGAAAAUAUUGGCCAGUAACGAGUGUAGUCUAUUUCAUGAUAUGCAUUUAUCAGUUCGAGUAGGAGUUAUUAAGAGUACACAGCUAUUAUUAUCACGUUUUGGGAUGAUAUUAGAGUAUCAACAUGGUCCAGUUUUAAACAGCCUACUUAAUGAACUUUCCUGUCGUGACUCAAGUAUCAGUGAAGCCUGCAUUGAUGCGUUGACCGCUCUUGUACUCCACUGCAAUGACAAUAUUUACUAUGACUUAAUUUUACACUUAUAUUCAGAAUUAAUGACACGUGACAAUCAUAUGUUGGCAAAAACGUAUAUACAAUGCAUUGCUUCUCUCUGCAAACAACCAGAAUUUAUACUUAAUUAUAGCCUCGAAGCAGAAGAAAGAUUUGCAACGCAUGUCCAAAGAUUUAUUCCAGCAAUUCUAAAAUUUAGUAGGUUGCCAGACAAAGAUGAUCUAAGAAUAAUAUGCUUUGGAACAUUUAAGCGUUUUAUAUACAGAUUUCCCAAAGAAGUCACACCACGUAUAAUCCUAAUCAUAGAACUAUGCCUGAACUACAUUAGAGAUGAAUUUCCUAAUCAUGAGGGCGGUGACAAUAAUGUCGUCAUUACUAACAUCACCUGGAAGGUACGCAAAGCAGCUUUACGAUGUUUAGACGCUAUGUUAAAGCUUCCUCAACCAUUGAUGCAUUUAUAUGUACAGGUGUUACCCGAAUUAAUAUCAAGAUUUAAUGAUGGUAACAUAAUUGUGAGAAUACUUGUUUUCAAUGUAUUUUUAAAACUUCUGAAAUCAAUAAGUUCGUGGGGUGAAGAAAAUACAAAUCAAAUGACCGAGGCUACUUUAAUCAUUUCUGGUCGAAUCGAAGACAUUGUGAAUGCCGCGAAGUUUCAUGUAGUGCAAGAAAACUCAAAAAUUAGACUGAAGUGUUUCAGUUUACUAAAAGAACUAUCUAUACUUCUUCCAGAACGAUUUACUGAUUAUUUUGGGGAUGUACUACCCGCAAUAGUAAAUUCAUUAGGAGACUCAGGAGGUGAUUGCAAGGUUAUGUUCAAAGCACUAUCUUGCCUUUUAAGUAUAUUGGCAACUUAUAGAAACCAGUUGCACUAUUUUCACCCCUAUAUAAGGAUUUUACUUCCUCCAGUCACAGAUUCUCUUAACAGUCGCUGUCACAAGACCAAUGGAAAAGCCCUAGACGUCUUGCAAACGUUACUAAUAAUAGUCAAUCCCUUGGAUCCUAACUAUUUUGACUUUGACUUUAGGCCAUGUGUUGGAGACAUAUACAAUCGCACCUUAUGGCAUAUACAAAUGAAUAGCCCUCUAAAUGUUAAAGAAAAAGCGAUAUUUACAAUGGGAGAGAUAAUAAUUAACUUGGUCCCUUACAUGGGACCUAUGGCAUUACAUCCUCUAAAUUUGUUCCUUGAGACACUGAGGGAUAAUUGUACUAUGAACGCAUCUGUGAAAACAUUAAUGAGGAUUGUUUUAUCUCCUUCUAGGGAGAACUUAGCUGCAUUACCUUUAAUCCCGUUAUUGGUUAGAAUCUUAAAAUUAAAUGAAGUAAGAGAUUUGAAACAAAUGACUCUUCAAUUAAUAAAUAGUUUGAUUGAGGGUAAUCUGCAAUAUAUGGACAAAGACAUAUUAAUACCUGUUGUUACAGAAAGUACAAAUUUUAUUGACAUAUCUGAUCCUAAAAUAACUAAAUGGACCAUCAAGAUUUUAAAGUCCAUUGCUGAUUAUCUUCCGGAUAGUUUAGAAAAUAUUAGUGAGACUGUUAUGCCGAAGAUUUUAGAACUUCUAAAAUCACCUUCUUUGGACGCGCCACUGUUAGAGGCCACGGUAAGCUUCUUAAGUUCUUUGGUUGUAUGCGAUCUCCCAGGAUUGGAAUAUGGUGUCCUGCUAACAAUGCUUAUGUCUGUAAUAUUCUCCCAGGAAAACUGUGAUAUGCAAGUAUUUUAUGCGAUCUCAAGAUCGAUAGCUGGAAUAACAAUUAGUCAUCCAUUUUAUUUCGAGAGAGCAGUAUUACAGUUUAUCCAGAUGAUGAGCGUUUCAGAAAAUAUUACCAAUAAAAAAUUAAAUUUAAUGAUCUUAGGAGAAAUCGGCGAAAAAGCGGAAAUAUCAAAACCUUUACAUUGGCUGAUCGUCGCAUUAUUUUUCAUUAAAUCCGAUGAAAUUAAACAACUUGCAAGUAUUGCGCUUGGCAAAAUUUGUAUUUGCAACGUUUCAAGUUAUUUACCAUUUAUUUUAGAAGGAGAAGCUAGGCGAGAACCUGAAACACACUUGUUUUUCUUGGUUUCGUUACGAGAGCUAGUAGACGGACUGCUAAAAUUUGAUUAUAGAAUACCCCAUAUAAUACCAUUUGCUAUUCCAAUUUUCAAACAGUUAUGCGAACGCUGCUGUUGUGACGAAGAAGAAGUCAGAAACCUCGCUGCAUAUAUUUUGGGGAAAUUAACAUUAAUAAAUGGUAGGAUUAUAUUGCCAUUAUGGCAAUAUGUACUAAGAUCUGAGUCUUCGUUAACCAGAGCUUCAGUGAUGAGAGCUUUUAAACUAAUGAUUACUGAUCAGCCUCACCCGAUCGAUGACUUAUUACCCGAAUGUAUUGGAGAGUUUCUAGUCACUUUGCAAGAUCAAAAUUUACAUGUAAGAAGAAUUGCGCUAGAAGCAUUUACUAGAGUUGUUCAAAAUAAGCCAUCACUAGUUAACGAUCAACUCGACAACUAUUUAGAUAUAAUCUAUCAACAGGUUGCCUUAAAGCCAACUGUGAAAUCACAAAUCGAUUAUUUAGAAGUGAGAAAGGCAGCGUAUGAAUGCCUGUUUAAUUUGCUAAAUACUUUUUAUAAUAAACUUAACAAACAUACUUUAAUUAACCAGGUGGAGUCUACUUUAAAAUAUGAUAUGGAAAGCCAUGACCUUCAAAUCAUAAUUUACAAUAUAAUAACUAAAUUGACAGAAAAGUGCCCUGAUCAGGUUGCAAAGAAGUUGGAGAAUUCCAACUGGCUAAAUUAUAUGAGAGCUACAUUUAAAGAGUCACCAAAUGGACUUUCCAACGAUCAAUUUAACAAAAUUAUAGCUGCUAAAAAAUCAGCUAUGAGAGCUAUGAUAUCUUUUAUGGGCUUACCCGACGCAACUAAGAUUACUUACCUCUACGAAUUUGUUAACCAAGUUAUGAACACACCUGAGUUAACAUCGAUAUUCCAAGAAAUUUUAAAUGAUUUUAAAUGA